CAACAACCCGUGUCCGGUCCAUGUUUAAAGGGCUCUCAUAAAGAAGUCGUAGCCAGCCAGCAUGCCUUGUUAGAGCGGGAGAGAGAGAGAGAGAGAGAGAGAGAGAGAGGGGCAGGCCAAAAUGUGAAAAUGAGAGCACGCUCGAAGACAUUGAAACGGCAGCAAUACUAUUAAAUUUUCUGGAAAAUGACGAGGAAACCAUAAAGGAAGACUUUGGGCUGCAAUUGUAUUCUAAACGCGUACGCAUAUAUAUGGAAAGGCAGAGAAGAGUCUCCUUGUUCUUAUCUUCUCCUUUUCUCUUCUUCGAUAAGAUAGUUGUCAACUCUAUUAUCUAUUCUUUGAAUCUCACCACAGAUUCUGAUUUUAUAUCCACAGGGUCACAAGACUUUAGAAACCAGCAAUUAUGAUUCUUAGCAUGAGCUUAAAUGGAUCAAGUGCAUGUCCCGAAGGGACAAGAGACUCUAAGAGGAGAACGAUGGUAUUAGACUUGGACCUUAAUUAUCCGCCUCCUGAGGAGAACACAGCUCUAAUUGAUCUUCGAGAUGUACGACCUCGAGAGAAUGAACACUCACAAAGAGAAGCUCUGCUUAAUGCCGAGUUCAUUGAUGAAGAAAUUGUUGUGAUCUCCCCAAGGAAAUUUGCGGAAGCAAAGAACAAUUCUCAAAGAAACCGUUCUCAGAGAAGCUGUGGAGUUAUAGAUAGGCUCCAUGAACCUGCAGAAGCAUGCAGUCAUGUUUCAGAAUUAGUCGCUCUUAGCCACAUCAAGCACAGAAAUCAACGAGGCAAGGCAGUUCUUAACUGGGAACUUUACAUGAACGCGGAAGUCACUGACAAAAUCAAGAAAAGUGAUGUUCCCAUGCCUCAUUCUGAACCCCAGCAUGAAAGACCUAUCUUCAGUUGUGCGAUCUGCAUGGGCCAGUUGAUUGAAGAGACAUCGACAAAAUGUGGUCACAUCUUCUGUAAGAAAUGCAUUGAGGUGGCAAUAGCUACUCAGCACAAAUGCCCUACCUGUAGGCAUAAACUUAGAAAGCGAGACAUCUUCAGGGUCUACCUUCCAACUGCCAGCUAAUUGAACUUUAUACUGCGUGAUAGCAAACUAUGGCUAGGGUUCACCAAUGGGUUCAGUUAUGGGCAGCUGUGAUUGUGAACCUGUCAAGAUUACUCGUGUUUGGAUCUUGCUAGUGGAUAUAAUGGUCUACAGAUCCAGCUGGUCCUGGUUUGGGGCUCAAGGCUGGUUCUUCACUUUGCACCAAGUCCUAAUGAGAUUAAAAACAAUGCUUCCUGAUUCUUAGGUUGCAAGCCUAAGCAUCUAGUUGUAAAAUCAACCUGAUUUAUGAAAUUCCUAUAUUUAAAAUCAGUGGCUAUUGUAUGUUUGUUAAUGUGAUUGGGGGUUGUUUUGUUUCUGGUUUGAAAAAGUGUUAUGAACUUAUGAUGGAUAAAUGCGAACAGUUUUUGUGUUUUUGAGUU